AUGCAAAAAGUCAACAGUAACAUUGUUUCCUCUUAAGUCUUGACCAUAUAUAUAUACCCUUUUGAAUACAAGGAUUCAUCAACCAAAAUUUGAAGAGCUCUUCAAUACUUUUCUCACAAGUUAGUCAUUGUACAAAGAGAAAAACUAGUUGAACAUAACAAACAAAUAAUGAAGACUUCAUUUCUUCAUGAGCUACUUAAUGGAAUUUCUAUCACCUCAACAAAGAGAUACUUGCCUGAUUCUUCAGGCAAGUACAGCAAAUCCAUCACAAAAUCAAAGCAAGGUAAAUUAAAUUCAGUUCUGACUAAGAUGAACAUGUUUGGAAAAAAGGGUGAUGGUUUUGCACAUGGAAUCAGAGAGCAUGUGAGACUAGGACCAAAGAUAACAGAUACAAUAAAAGGGAAAUUGAGAUUGGGAGCAAGAAUUCUUAAAGUUGGAGGAAUAGAAAAAGUGUUCAUGCAACUUUUUAGUGUUAAAGAUGGAGAGAAACUUUUGAAAGAAUUACAAUGCUACUUAUCAACCACAUCAGGUCCUAUAGCUGGCCUUCUCUUCAUAUCAACUCACAAAGUUGCUUUUUGUAGUGAGAGAUCCAUUCAAGUUUCUUCCCCAAAUGGAGAAUUGAUUAGAGCCCAUUAUAAGGUCUCUAUUCCACAUGAAAAGAUACAACAUGUAAACCAAAGUCAAAAUAUCAAGAAUCCAUCAGAAAAGUAUAUAGAAAUGGUUACUGUGGAUGGUUUUGACUUCUGGUUUAUGGGUUUCUUUUAUUACAAGAAAGCUUUAAGAUAUCUUCAGCAGGCUAUCUCUCUAGCUCAGAGGGAAAAUAUUUAGAAAUAGAAUUGUUCAUCCUCUCUGCUUCAUCUAUUAUUCUUUGAAGUGUCAGAGGUUCAAAAGUGUAAAAAUAUUUACAUAAUUAAUUUUUUUCUUUUAAAUCUAAUUGUUUCUUGAACUUUUGGUUCAAUGAGUUGUUCCCUGAAGUGUAAAACUCAAACAUGGAGCAUAUUUCUGUUAAGUCCUGCAAUGAUAUUCCAAUAUCUGAUGACAGAAACUAAUUUGAUUAUUAUUCAUUUAAUCAAACAUAUCUCCUUACAUGAUU